AGGUUAGCCUGCUAUGUAGCAUCUAGCCAGAGAGAGAGGGGUGUGUGUUGUUUGCAGAUAUUUGCCACAUUGUGAGUAAAUUUAAUAACUUUGUCUAAUGUGACACUCGGUAUAACAUAUAACCUGCAGAAGGUGUUGUUGCUAAAUCUGUUUGACCUCUUACGUACAGUUUUUGCGAAUGCUUCUACCGCUGACUUGCUAAUGUUAGCUGAGCAGUCACCCAGCUGUAUGUUAUAAGUGUCCCCCCCACUGAUGGUAUAUACUGAGUCAAAAACUGACCUUUGAGAAACAGCCAGCUGAAGGACGAUUUAAAAUGGGCUCUGUUAGAGUAAUGGCAUCAACCAGACUCCUGUGUUUGUUCAACACGAAAGCAGCAUGUUCGGCCAAAACAUUAUCCAGGGCAAGCAGGAGUGUGUGCUUCAAGAGACAUGUGUGCAGCUCACCUUCAAGAUUGCAGGGCUGCAUGUCAGCCUGGGUCAUUGAUCAGUAUGGUACUAAUGAGGUUUUGAGGUACACAGAGGAUCUCACCGCUCCUUCUGUCAAUGCUGCCUCUGAAGUGAUGAUUAAAGUUCAUUCAGCCAGUCUCAACCCUCUUGAUGUUUCUAUGAGAGGAGGAUAUGGAGCUAAAUUGCUCAGACUAAGAAGGGAUCCCAUGUCUGUGAUGGACAGUGAUCGUGAGUUUCCUUUGGUCCUGGGCCGGGAUGUGUCUGGUGUUGUGGUGGAUUGUGGAUCAGAGGUGACCCACUUUGUUCCAGGAGAUGAGGUGUGGGCUGCUGUUCCCCCGUGGAAACCAGGCAGCCUGUCUGAAUAUGUGGUUCUGACCGAGUAUGAGGUUUCUCUCAAGCCAAAGUCCCUGAGUCACACAGAAGCAGCAUCCAUCCCCUAUGUAGCCAACACGGCUCUGUCUGCACUUGUUAAUGCCGGUGGUCUUUGCAAGGACAGCGCUUCAAAUAAAAGAGUUUUGAUCACUGGAGGAUCGGGAGGUAUCGGAACAUUCUCCAUCCAGUUAUUAAAAGCCUGGGGUGCCCAUGUAACGGUUACCUGCUCCCAGAACGCCGAAGGCCUUGUUAGGGGGUUGGGGGCCGAUGAGGUGGUGGACUACACGGCAGAAGAUGCGACGGAGCAGCUGGAAACGAUGGAGAAGUUUGACGUGAUUUUGGACAACGUGGGCGGGGAAACAGAGGAGUGGGCGAUGGGCCUGCUCAAGCCCUGGUCUGGAGCAAAAUACGUCACACUGGUGUCACCUUUACUCCUCAGCACCGAUUCCAUGGGCCUGCUGGACGGGGCGUUUCGGGCUGGAUUCACCCUGCACAACAAAGCCGUACAAAACAUAAUAUCCAGUGGAGUCUUCUACAGGUGGGGGUUUUAUACUCCAGAUGGACCCGCGCUGGACGAGAUCAGCAAGCUGGUGGAUGCAGGGAAGAUCCUGCCGGUUGUGGAGGCCCAGUUUCCAUUCACCCAGGUGCCCCAGGCUUUUCAGAAGCUGGAGGAGGGCCACGCCAGAGGGAAGACAGUCGUCCGGGUGGCCGAAGAGGACGACAGGCAGGCUGAGGAGUUGGUGCAGAACUCUCCCUGUGGGACCGCAGAGUCAGAGCAGGGAGUGCAAGAGAGUGCCAAACACAACUAGAGACGAUCAGCAAAGCACCAAGAGAAUUGAAAUGUUUGUGAUUCUCCUCACCUCUACAAGGCUGCUGCAGACUGUAUUAUUCAAAGGGAUCAGAGGGGGCUUCUGGUGUGCCGCGGAACACAAGCGUGAACUGCGCUUAUAAUGUGUUGUUUCUGUAAAAGCGUUGUGUGCUGUUCUGACAGCUUUACCAGGUGCUUGAGUUAUGAUGAUUCCAUGUAACGGUUAUUUAUCAACUGCACUAUAAAAAAUACCAAACCGGUCAGAAUCCAGCUGGUAUAGUAAUCCCAUUUAGGAUUUUAGAAUACUUUCUGAUUGGUGCGAUCUAUCAAACAUAUAGUUCCUAUUGAAUUAUUACACAAGUCCUUUUCACACAUGCACUCCUGUACAUUUCUAGAAAACUGCCCCCUUUCACACAUGUGCUUCACAGUGGGAGAUUUCCCCCUGUGGACGGGACCUGCUUUGUUCCCAUAUCAGCUAACCCCAAAGGGUAGAUUUUUACUAGCUGAUUAGCAGGACAAUUCUGUAUGAAGUCCAGGUGAAAAAUGUGGUCGUUUGCGCUCACAAAUGCAGCCCAAACCCUAAAAAUGUCAGGAGUUUUGUGCGUGUGUGAAAAGGGCUAGAGUCAGCUCUUUUACCCUGCAGUGCCAUGCAGCUAAGAAGUCAGCUCAUUGUUAGCAUUAUCUUACAUUGCGAUGCUUUUGGAGUGAGCAAGUGAGUGAGCAGAGAAAAAACAAAAGUGUGUACAGGGUGUAAAAAACAAAGGGCACCUAAGUCUACUGUGCAAUCUAUUUAAGAGAUUUAUUGACAAAAAUACUUUUAUUAUUCUGAAAACAGAGGAAUCGUGUGCUGUCUAGUUUUUGAUUAAACAAAAGGAAAAAAAAA